AUGAUUCAUGAGUACUUGAUUGAGUUUGAUACAGAAAGUCAUGGUGUUUCACUGCUAGAUCCAGACAUAAACAGACAAAACCUUGAACAUCCUGAAGAGGAGGUACCAGAAUUCAAGGACACAAUCAAGGACGAAGAGGUCCAACCCGAACAAUGUGCAAAUGCAAAUGAUGCCGUCCUCAAAUCUGAAGUGGAAAAUGAUAUCCAAAUUGGCGAUAUUAACACUAGUCUUGAAGAAGAUCUGGACAUGUUCAUGACGGCCAAGGGCUUGACAUCAUUCAAUGAAACCUCUUUGUUGAAAGGCUCUGGAAAACAACUCGAGAAUGGUAUGAAUGAGAUCAAAGUGCAGGUCUCAAGCAACUCUGCGCUUGCAUUGACAAACUACAUUUUGCGUUGCAUAAUCAUCGCAUUACUGGAAAAACUAGCCGAGAUCAACGAAGUAAGGCACGACUUUUUUUCCAUUUCAUGUGACUGUAACUACAUUCUUGCGAUGGCUGAAAAAACUCGUUCAAACAUUCACAAAUCCAAGAACUCGAUCGAAAAAUGUACAGCUAUUUCAACAUGGUCUACCCUUAUGUUGGUGUAUCUCUUGAAUAAGUGCCAAAAAUUUCUGAUGCACUAUGGCUCACACGUCUCGGCCUUAUUUAUUGCAUCUGCACUCGAGGUAACACCUUGCUUUGUCAGAAAGCUUUGA